GGCGGUGGGCGGGGCGGCGCGCAGGCGCAGUGUGGCGCUGGGCGCGGGGCCGGGAUUUAAAGGGGCCGGAGCGGCCGGGGCUGCGCUGCCCCCCCACCCCCGGGACCCCCCCGGGACCCCCCCGCCAUGGUGUGCGGCGGCUUCGCCUGCUCCCGCAACGCCCUCUGCGCCCUCAACGUGGUCUAUGUGCUGGUGGGGCUGCUCCUGAUCGGGGUGGCCGCCUGGGGAAAGGGCUUCGGCAUCGUCUCCAGCAUCCACCUCAUCGGGGGCGUCAUCGCCGUCGGCGUCUUCCUCCUCCUCAUCGCCAUCGUGGGGCUGGUGGGGGCCGUCCACCACCACCAGGUCAUGCUCUUCUUUUACAUGAUCAUCCUGGGCCUCGUCUUCGUCUUCCAGUUUGGAGUCUCCUGCUCCUGCCUGGCCAUCAACCGGAGCAGGCAGGAGGGGCUUUUCAGCUCGGCUUGGCCCAUCCUGAGCAACGAGACGAAGGCGGAGCUGGAGCGGAGGCUGGACUGCUGCGGGCUGCUCAACCGCAGCGCCGACCCCCCUGCCGCCCUCGCCUUCCAGGCCGACUUCCACGUCUGCCCGGCUAAAUGCAAAACCCUCCUGGGCAAAGACCCCCACGCCAAGUGCCUGACCUGCGGCGAGAAGAUGCUCCAGCACUCGGAUGAAGCCCUGAAGAUUUUGGGGGGGGUUGGGCUCUUCUUCAGCUUCACGGAGAUCCUGGGAGUGUGGCUGGCCAUGCGCUACCGCAACCAGAAGGACCCGCGGGCCAACCCCAGCGCCUUCCUAUAGCGGGGGGGCCCCCACAUCCCUGCUUGGGGAGGGGGGCCCCCACAUCCCUGCUUGGGGAGGGGGGCC